GACAGACACACACACACCACACACACAGACAGACAGACAGAGGAAAAGUUAGUCAAGACGGCAAAUCACCAGACCCGGACUGAAGGAGCGCCGCUCCCCCGAAAAACCUAAACCUGACCAUGAGAACUGCGGAGGAGGUGUUCCUGGGAUUCCCUGAAGAAAAAUGCCAGAGAGGCUGAAGCUGAUGUGACACAGCGUGUGCUGUGAGAACGCUGACUCAUCAAAUAUCAAUCCCUCUGAGAGCAACUAAGCAAUCUGGUGCAGCUCAUAACUCUAAUGCCUUGCUAGAAGAGCACAUCACAACCCCCUCUUCCUCCUCUUCCUCCUCCUCCUCCUCAGACAGGAGAAGACGGAGCAGAAAGUCCUUCAGCAGGAAUAAAUCCGACAGCAUCUGUGUGUGAAACAAAUGUCAGUGAACAGGUUUAUAAUGACAAAGAUCAGAAGGAGAACAGAGAGACAUCUCUGUCCCUGAAGACAUCAACAAGCAGGUCAACCAGUGUAAAGUUACCUCUGAGUCUCACGCCCCACCCGGCCCGGCCCGGCCCGGCCCGGCCCGGCACAGUGACCGUGCUUCACAGACCAUGAUGUUUCGUGAUCAGGUGGGCGUUCUGGCCAGCUGGUUCAAAGGGUGGAAUGAGUGCGAGCAGACUGUUGCUCUGCUGUCCCUGCUGAAGAGGGUCAGCCGGACCCAGGCCCGCUUCCUGCAGCUCUGUCUGGAACACUCACUCGCUGAGUGCACUGACCUGCAGGUGCUGGAGGGAGAGGCCAACAGCCCAGGAGUGAUCAGCCAGUGGCAAAGUGAACCUAAGGAGCGCGUCAUCUCACUGGUCCUCACACAUCUCCCACUGCUCAAACCUGGCAAUGUUGAAGCAAAGGGCGAGUACAUGCGUCUGCUGCCACGAAUACUGGCUCACACCAUAGAGCACGGCCACCACCUGGAGGAGUCUCGCCAGCUUCUGUCCUAUGCUCUCAUUCAUCCAGCCACCUCCUUGGAAGACCGCUCUGCCUUGGCACUGUGGCUCAACCACCUGGAGGAAAGGGCCGCUGCCCGGGGAGACUCACUGGAGCGCCCCCCUCCUGCUGGGCCCCACCAUCAUCACCAUCAUCACCAGUCAACACCAUCAUUAACCCUCUCCACAUCUGGUUCCUCCUCCUCUUCCUCCUCCUCCUCCUCCACGAACACCUCUUCGUCAGGCAACCUUUAUUCCUUGCAUCACCACCAGCGCUAUGGCUCAGACGAUCGUCUCAAUGGAUGGCAGAGCUCCAGGGACUCGGGGUUGGGCGGAGGGUGGCAUCAGCAGCAGCAGCAGCAGCAGCAGCAGGGCUGUGAGAAUGGGCAUCUGCUUCUCUACCCAUCAUCCUCUGUGCCAACAACCUUAAACACAGUUGGAACUGGCGGAGGCAGUAACACGAUUCUAACGAGUGGAGGUGGCAGCCAGCAGCACAGUCCCCUGAAGCGCUCAGUGUCUCUAACGCCUCCCAUGAGCGGCCCUAGCAACCAGCCUCUGGGCCAUGUGUGGCUCUCUCAGGAGGAUCUACGCACUGCUAGAGGCCCAGCCCCAGACCAUGCACCUCUGUCACCCCAGAGCAGCAUUGCUUCCUCAGGCAGUGGAGGCAGUGAGCACCUGGAGGAGGCUUGUUUAGGAGGAGGUUCAGGUCUUCAUCGUAGUUCCUUUCAUGAGGAGAGCAGUGGCAUGAGGGAUGUCCCUGCGUGGCUUAAGAGUCUCCGUCUUCAUAAAUACGCCGCUCUCUUCUCCACGAUGACCUAUGAUGAGAUGAUGUCACUGACUGAAGAGCAGCUGGAGUCACAGAAAGUCACUAAAGGAGCGAGACACAAGAUUGUGAUCAGCAUUCAGAAGCUCAGAGAAAGACAGAACCUUCUGCGCAGCCUGGAGAAGGACGUGUUGGAGGGCAGUAACCUGCGCGCACCGCUGCAGGAGCUUCACCAGAUGAUCGUAACGCCCAUCAAAGCUCUCAGUGGCAGUGAGGAAGCCUCUCUGCAGCGCUGCCUCCAGAGCUCUGAGGGUAAGAGCGCUGCACCUGGUUCACACCUGACUGCUGGAGGUGGUGGGGAGGCGGAGUCAGGUACAAGCGUGAUUGCAGAGGGGGAUCUGCCUGGACAGUUCACCCGUGUGAUGGGCAAAGUCUGUACCCAGCUGUUGGUGUCGAGGUCAGACGAGGACAACAUCAGCUCCUACCUGCAACUCAUCGACAAGUGCCUUAUCCACGAGUCCUUUACUGAGACACAGAAGAAGAGGCUGUUGUCAUGGAAACAACAGGUCCAAAGACUGUUCCGCUCCAUUCCCAGGAAAACUCUGCUCGACUUAGCGGGAUACAGACAGCAGAGGAGUCGUUUUGGUCAGUCCAACUCUCUGCCCACGGCUGGUUGUGUUGGAGGCAGCGUGUCGUCCAGGAGGAGCCUGAGACAGUUCCAGAUGCCCUCCAGGAGUUUACCAGGUGCCCGGCUGGGUCUGCUGGGGAGUGGAAGUCUGCUGGGUACCACAGCACGGAGCAGCAGCAGCAGCAGCAGCAGCAGCAGCAGCACGGCCACCGGUCCUAAGCAGGGCAGACAGGGUCUGUGGUUUGCUAACCCUGGAGGAAGCAACAGUAUGCCGAGCCGGAGCCACAGCUCUGUGCAGAGGACCCGAUCACUGCCCGUCCACACCACGCCCCCAACCAUGCUCAUGUUCCAGCAAACUGAUCUUCAGUUACCUGUGACAGAGCCAGAUAUCAACAAUCGCCUCGAGUCUCUGUGUCUGAGUAUGACAGAACACGCUUUGGGAGAUGGUGCUGACCGCACGUCAACAAUAUGAAUGAUGAUGACUCGAGUGAGCAGGUCGAUGAGACUCUCUCACCGUAAACCAGCUCCAAGUCACCGGACAGGAUCCAAGAAACACAAACGGCAACACAAGCUAUCGUCCACUCUGUCUGUCCACUGGGCUGGAAACACACACUUCCUGCUCUGCCACGCUCACACAGAGAAAUGCAUGGAACAAGGCUGGACUGGACUGUACGCAGGUCUGUGGAUCAGGGCCACAGCGAGGGUCCUCUUCCCUCUCCAACACCACGCGUGGCAUCUUUCAAAUCCAUAACCGUAGCUCAGACCCAGGAGCGAGGACGAGACAAGCAGACCUAAAUAAGCACGCAGGAGGAAGUUUGAGAUUUCCUGGACGGCCUCCUGCUGUGCAUUCACGUGCUUUAUGUAUGUCUUGUUUACAUAAUGAUGCUACAGAGACAUCUCACCUGUAGCUGUCAUGCUAGUUUACAACCAACCUGCUUCUAUAUUUGAUCAAACAUUUAGUGACGAUGAGGGACAGAGGACGAUGAAGAAGGAGAGAAAGAAAGUCAGGUGGAGAAAGAAAGAGAAAGUUGAACGAGAAAGAAUGAAGCUGAAGUGAAUCUGGAGAGGGAAGCGGAUGUUUACAGGAGAACGACCACUGAGGCAGGACCUCUGAUUGGCUGAAGAUGACGGAGAAUGAUGAUGUCAUGUCCAAUCAUACUGUCUGAGCGUGUACAGUAUCGUACGUAAAUGGGAGAUUUGAGGCGUAGAAACGAUGUUUGUGAAACAUGAGAGAAGCAGGAGGGGAAUUUGGUUUGGUGUCGCUGACACUUUGAGGAAUAACACUGUCAAUCUGUGACGGGUAGUUUUCCCAGAGAUUGUCUCCUGAGUGCUUACUUCCACCUGCUGGACAAACACAGUCAUGACAGUAGAGACAGGCUGUUCAAAAGAAAAGGAUGACAAUCUGUCUGUUCUGUCAGUACAUGGGAUUUAUAGCCUUUUUUUUUUUUUACUAUGAAUCUCUUGGUUAUUCUGUGUCUUAAUAUUUAUCCUCAGUUUAUUGUUUUAUGGAAAACAAGACUGUAUAUUAUUGAAAUAAGUUGGGCAGGAAACUCGGCUCUGUGCCUGUGUGUGUGUGUGUGUGUGUGUGUGUGUGUGUGUGUGUGUGUGUGUGUGUCCUGACCCUGAACGCUCAUCAUGGAGGGUUUUUGAUUAUUAUUGUUUAGUUUCUUCUUUAGUUUGUUGCAAUUCUAUCGAACUUCCUUUGUAUCCUGCACUUGAUAUGAUAAUGUGAUACACUACAACAGUUAGCAGAUCACAGAGAGAGAGAGUCCAGCUUCACUCUCAGUGGACACAAGAGACACAA